AUGACCCCAAGAACCCCCCUUCAGGUCAUCAGCAACUGGCCCGGUGACGGUGGGCAAAACGAGCGCAAAGUGCCAACAGCCCUCAUCUACAACCACGACGGCAUUACAGUCUCUUCGUGGGGAUUUCUCUGUGCAGAAGACAAAGACGUACCGGGCAAGGUGCGUCGCGAAUGCUUCAAGGUCUUCCUCGAUGACCCAACGUUGGCCGCUGUGCGGCAGAAGGGGUUGGUGAAUGCCCCAAGAAGCAUGGCCGAAGCUCGGCGCUUUGUAACCGACUAUCUUGGCAAGAUAUACAUGCAUGUGAAAGAGACGGUGGAAUCAAAAAUGGGGCGGCAACCCUGGAAAGACAAGACGGUCACCUUCCUCUUCAGCGUGCCGACGACGUGGGAAAAUCUGGACGUUGUCAAUAUCUUCAAGGGCUGUAUACGGGACGCCGGGUUUGAAUCCGGUGGUUCUAAUCACUCUGCACUGGUUGACCUGACGGAAGCCGAGGCUGCCGUCGUUGCGACCCUCAAGACCAGCCCCAUCCCCUUUGAUAUUGGUAACCUGUUUCUGACCGUGGACGCAGGCGGCGGCACGACAGACCUGGCCCUGAUGCGAAUCACGUCAAUGAAUGGCGUUUUCCCGCAAAUGUCACAGGUUACUGCAGUCAAUGGUUGGGGCGUAGGGGGUUCUCUCAUCGACUUGUCAUUUAUGAGAUUGGUGCAGCAGCGACUGGCAGCAUAUCCCGAUGCCCAUUUCCAGCUCCUACGAGACCUUGCGGCUCGAAUGUCGAGAAGUCCCUAUUUUCUAAACCUAAAGCACAAAUUUGGCCAGCGUGUAUGGAUGCAGUCCCCCGUAAUUAGGAUCCACAUGGAGGGUGUCUCGCACGAUUUUAGCCAUGCCGGCCUCGGUAUACACAACGGGUGCAUGCUAUUUGCAAGAGAGGAAAUACAGUUGCUAUUUGACGUCCAAGUUCAAAGUAUCAUUUUGCGCAUCGACGAGCAGCUAGGCUGGGUGACGCAGAAUGCUCCGAGUGAACAAGUGAAGUGGGAGACUGGUAGUAUGCCAGUGCUAGCGUCACGCAUCGCUCGAGCGAGCUACGGCGUCGUCGUGCAGCAGAUAUACUCGCCAGCUUACCAUUUCGGCGAGGAUAUCAUACAUGACCUAUAUGAGCGCAAAAAGAAGUGGGCGAUAAAUCAGAUCCAAUGGCUUAUCAAAAAGGGCGAUGUCGUCUACCCGGAUACGCCGCUGGUGAAGGGGUUUGAGAUUCGACUCUCUGAGGGAGAGACGACGAGGUCGUGGAAUGCUGAGAUUGUUACAUCUCAGAACGAGGUAUCGUUCCUCCCGCGCAGUUUAAAGCAAACUGGGGCAGUGAAGCUGUGCGAUGUGAAGAGCAACCUCGACGUGGUGCAGCAGACGCAGCUGGUGUUCAAGCAUAAGAGAGGUACCUGCUUGUCACGGGGCUACACGUUUUAUCUCUGCGAGUUUGAGAUUCGGGUCAUUAUAGCGCCGGCAGACUUGCGGUUUGAGCUGUGGUUUGGAGGGCGGAGGUCUUCUGGAAACCAUGAGCUGAUUAAAGUUACAUGGGGCUCGGCUUAG